AAAAAUUAAACAGCUGUUCGAAAAAUUCAAGCACGAGAAGAAAAAAUUGUUUAUCUGUGAAAAUUCACUCAAAUUAGAAAUAAAAUUAAAAAUAAAUGUAUUAAAAGUAUAGAAAACCUAUAAUUGUAUAACUAAAAACAUGUAGCAAGUGAUAAAGUGAAAGAAAUCAAUAAAUUUACAAUGAAAAUAAUUUGAAUAUUCUUGAAAAUAGAACUAUAAAAUUUUAGAUUCAAUAAAGGUGUCAUACAAAAGAUAACUUGCAGCAAAAGUGCAUUAAUUAAAUAUUUUAACACCCGAAAAUGGAUGGAAAUGGUAAUCAGCGGAAACGUGGUGGACGUUUGGCUAAAAAUUCCAAUAACAAUGAACCGCAGUCGCCUGCAGCAACUGCAGAACUUAAUGAGGUCAUGGAGGUGUCGGCCGUAGCCAUAUCCCCGACCUUAGAGGAGGCCGAAACUACCACCAGUGCACCAGCCUCAGAGUGUAGACGUAGUUCACGUAAGAAAAUUAUUAAAUUUGAUGUACGCGACUUACUAAAUAAGAAUCGUAAGACACACAAAAUACAAAUCGAAGCUAGAAUUGACUCUAACGCUCCCACCACCUCUAAAGCUAACACAGCGGGUGGUAAUGAGGUAGGCAAUUCAAAAGCCGCCACCAAUGUAAGAGAAGAUUUGCUUUCAAAGCAAAAAACAUUUUUGGAAAAAUCUGCCAUUUUCAGACGUUACUCUAUAUCGCAGGAACACAAACCACCACCUCCUCCCUUACCCAUACCCCCUUUACUGGGUAAGACUAACGACAAUAAAGAUGCUUCGUUUUCAGCAAGCUCUAGCUCUCGUCGUUUAAGUCGUACCCAAGAAUUUUUCAGUAACGUAAUGAUAAAACCUAAACAAACUACUAGUCUUAUUGUGGCACAGAUAGAGAGCAGUACACCCAGCACUACAACGUCUACAGCAAAACGUAAAAGUCUUAAUAAAUUACUAGAACUUGAAACUAAAGCUGGGGCUACUAAUGAUGCAGAAAUUUCACCCACGGGUCAAUUAAAGAAAAGGGGUAGACCGCCUAAAUUUAAGACACAAACUUCUUCAGAUGCAGUAGUCAGUACUGCCGCCCAAGAGGAUGUGCCUAAGAAAAAAAUAACCCCAGAAAAGGCUAAAAAUUGGAAGGAGUAUAAAGCCUGUUUGGCCCAACAAUCUGGCAGCCAGCAGGAAGAUCUAGAAGAAUUCAAGUCUCUAAAGGAAAGUGCACAAUCAACACCUUUAAAAUGGAAACAAAGUGAAAACGUAUCUAACAUGGCAUUAACCUUAGAGGACACACAACAAUCUGAUAUUUCUAAAUCCGAAGAUGAUGAUGGUAGCUUUAGUGGCUUCAAAACCAGUAAAGAAGAUUUAAGCUGUGAUUCGCCGGCUAUAGGAAAUGAUUUGAAAGAAAAGCUGUUUACAGUCGAAGCUUUAACAGAAUCUAAGGGCAAACUAAAAAUGUUAAAGUCCAAAACGUCUUUAAAAACUGAAGCUUUGUCAGAAAAACCAGUAGUAGAAUUAGACAUAAAAGUUUCAAAAGAAGAAACGUCAAGUAGUGAACAACUCGCUUCAGAAGAGAAAGUUACUAAAGACAUUAAUUCUCUUAAAGAUAGUUCUUUAACAGCAAAACCUGAAACGAUAUCAAUAGAAUCUGAAGAUGAUGGAAAAGAAAAACAAACUAUUACACUAAAGCAAGAUGAAAUAAUUGAAACUAAUAUAGCAAAUUUGUUGCAGGAUGAUAAAAAUGUCAAAGAUUCUCUGCCAUCUAGAAGGUCCACAAGAAAAUCUCCUGAAAUAUUUAAAAACAAAGAUACAGAAAUGAAAAACGCAAGUAUAACCAGAAGAAGCCAAGUUAAAUCUCCAGUUGUUGUAGAAACUAAAACAAAAGAAGAAAUCAAAAUUGAUAAGAAUUAUGAUAAAGUUGAAACUUUAGAAAUAACAUCAAUACAACCAAAUACAUCUGAAACAAUUGAUAACAAUGUAACUAAACAACCAAUACGUUCCACACGUAGACAGUUAAGAAAAGAUGAUAUCAAGGAAACUCCUACUAAAAGUGAAGAGCUAAUGGAAAAUAAAACAAAACCUACAACUACAAAAUUAGAAGAAAAAGUUCCUAAAAUUACACAGGAAACGCCUAAAGAAGCUAAACAAGAAACUCCACAAACUGAAGUCCAAACAAUAGAAAAAGAGGAACUAAAAAGUUCUGAUAUUUUAAGCAAAACAGCAGAACAAAUCCUAGAUGAAUGUACACCCGAAACAAAAUUAUCUGAUGCUGAUAUUUUGCUUUUAACCAGCCAAACACAGCCCUCAACUCCCUCGCAAGGAUCAAUAAAAACCUAUUCACGCACCUCUAGUUCAUCAGAAUCUGAAAAUGCUUCUGAACGCAGUUCUUACUCAUCGGAUCCGUCGUCGGGCACCUCUUCUUCGGGACGUUCUUAUAAAUCCGGUGACAAAUUGAGAGUUUCACUCAAACGCAUUUCAUUGCCAAAGAGUCCCUCUACCUCUUCGCAAACUUCUACUUCAGAGGAGCUUAAUUCUAACGCAAUUUCCUCGAAUGUCCUUAAAAAGAAACCUCCAUUGGCUAAACGUUCCAAAAGAUUACAAAAGAAAUUUGUAGAAAUGUUGGAAAACCAAAACGAUUCAGAAGAUUCAAAAAUUGAGCAAGUUAGUUUGUCCGAAGACGAAAACAAUUCAAAUGAAAUUAUUGCCCAGACUUUAGCAAUGAUUGAAGCUCCACAAGAAACCGCAGAAAGUUGUAUUGUAAGUGAAAAUUUAGACUCAAACUCAAAUGAUUCUAUAAACACAAAAAUAGUUAAAGGAAAUAUGGGAAAAAGGAAAUCUUUAAGAAAUCGCAAAAAUAAUAGCAAUGAGGAAAAUGAUAACGAAAGUGAUAAAUCUAAUGCUACAGACAAGGAAACUUUAGAAGACAAAGAAGUGGAAAUAAAGCAACAAUUGCAAAUCAAACUAACAGACUUAAAACAAAAGAAUUUAGGAAAGGAUAAAGAAGUAGAAGGGCAGCAGGAAAUUCCGAAAGAUAUAGAGAAGACUCUGGAAUUACAGAAGACAGCAGCAAUAGAUGAACCAAGUGAUGAAUCGAAUGAUAGCCAGCAAAUAAAGAAGUUUAAAAACGAGCAGCCUAUAAAAAAACAACCACCAAGAAAGCUUAAAAAGCAAACGUCACUAGAGGUUACAGCAACACUUCAAGAAGAAUCUACUAAGGAAAAAUUGGAAACAGAAGUAAUCUUAGAAAAUAAAGAGCAAAUGUUAGCAAAACUCUCUGGCAAAGAUAAAGCAAGUUUGAGAAAUAAGUCGACAGCCGAGGAACACACAAAUGAAACUUCUGCGACUACAAUAGAGAGAGUUGCAAGCCCCUCCACUGAGAAGUUUGAAAAACAAGAAAUACCAACAACCAGAAGCAAAACUAACAAACAAGUCACAGAAAUAAAGAAUCAAGCUGAAGAAAUUGACGAAACACAAAUAAGGGAAAUAAGCAUGACAGGAUAUUCUAAACAAUCUUCUGAAGAAAAGGUUGAAAAGGAUAAAUCAGUGGCAACAGAAACGUCUGACAGUUCAGCAUGCAUAACGAAUAAUUCAGAAAUAUCAAGGCAACCUGAAAAAACUAGUAAAAUCCCUACAACUAGAAGUAAAACUAAUAAAGAAGAUAGUAAUGUAAGUCAAGCGGAAAAUCUAGCAUCAAUUGAGCCAUCAAUUUCUUCCCAAAACUUCUCUAAAAGAAAAGCUCAACAGAAAACUGAAAUAGUCCCGGAUGUAAAUGAUACAGAAACUUCGAAAAUCGCAACUGACCCAAAUAAUUCUGACAAAGAAAAGUUGAACACAAAUAAUGAAGAGAUUUAUGAGGAGGAAGCCCAAAACUCCACCUUCAACUUAACCACUAGAAGUAAAACAAUUAAAGCAACAAUUUCAAAGAUUACAGAGGAAAAGCCAAUCGCAAACGAAGAUUUAGCGAAAUCUGAAAUAAACCAGGAAAAAUCUGUAGAAACUACCACUAAGAGAAGUAAAUCUCCUAAAGAGAAGUCAAACAAAAGCGAUGAAAUUAGCAAUAUCUCAACUACUAGAAGCAAAACUAAUAAAGAACAGAUUUCGUUAAAAGAAUCAGAGGUUCCAGCGGUAAUUAUUAAUGAAAUACCCAAACAAGAAGAGUCAAUGCAGCAACAAACUUCCUUAUCUACAAAAGAGAGAAGUAAAUCUCCUAAAGAGAAAGUUUCCUCAACUAAAGAAGAAAUAUCUGAGGAAUUACAAUUAGAAGUUACAAAAUUAACACCAAAUAGACGGAAAAAUAAUAAAGAAGACUCUUCUGUGGCAAAGGAAGAAUUAAUACAAGAGCAAUCCUCUGCCAUUACAAAAUUAAGAAGUCAAUCUCCUAAAGAUAUUAAUUUAGCAAUUAAUAAAGACAAAUCUAAGGAAACACUAGAAAAGGCUCCAAAAAUCACACCAAAUAGAAGAAAAACUUAUGAGGAAGACACUUCUGCUAUGAAAGAUGUAAUAAUGCAAACAAAAGAAAACACCCAAUCCACUACAGAAAAAAUGACUACUAGUAACGAUGAAGAAUCCUCAACUUCUCUGGAGAAAACAUCAAAAAUAACAUCAAGUAAAAAGAAAACGAAUAGAGAAAAUAUUACUGCUACAACGGAAGGCAUAAUGACAGAGAAAUCUUCUGAAACCACAAAAGAAAGAAGUAAAUCUCCUAAAGAAAAGACUAAUGAUGAACAAAUUAUAGAUUCACAGGAUAAAACUCACGCAACAACUAGAAGAAGUAACAAUAAGGAUGACGACUUAAAGCCGGAACAAUCUUGUGAAAGUUUAAAAGAACGAAGUCAAUCACCUAAAGAGGAGAUAGAUAAGACUGAUGAAGCAAAAUCUAAGGAUUUGCAUGAGAAAACUUCAAAAAUUAUAACAACUAGAAGAAGAAAUAUUAAGGAAGACACUUCGAACUCAAAAAUGGAAAUAAUGCAAGAAUUAUCUAGUGAGUCUAUAAAAGAAGGAAGUCAAUCUCCUAAAGAGAAAAUAGAUAAGACUGAUGAAGCAAUUUCCAACAAUUCACAGAAGAAAACUCCAAAAAUCGCAACAAAUAGAAAAAGGAAUGUUAAGGAAGACGCUUUAAACACAAAACAGGAAUUAACUCAAGAACUGUCUUCUGAGUCUACAAAAGAACGAAGUCUAUCUCCUAAAGUGAAGCUAACAAAGACAAUUGAAGAAAACUCUGCAGAUGGAAAAGAUAAAAAGGAGGAAACUUCUACCGAGGAGAAGCCUGCUGUCAUAGAUGAAACUAUCAUUUCAGAAAAUAAGGAGCAACAAAACUCCUUGGAAUCUAAUAAAACAACAACAGAAUGUAGUAAAACUCCUGAAGAGGAAUCUGCUGAAAAACAACUAAAACAUGAACAAAUCACCACAACUAGAAGAAGCAAAGGUAAUAAAAAAGAAGAUAUAUGUGAAAUUACUCCAACAAGAGUUAAAUCUAAAAAAUCAAACAUUUUCGCAGAAAAAGCCAACGAAUCACCUAGCGAAAAACCCAUGGCUGACGAAAUGCAUGCAGAAACUUCAAAAGCUGCCAUGGAAACUAUUGUAUCAGCUGGUACACAAGAAAGCAAAGACUUGACUCCUUCAGAAAAUCUUGAAACUAACUCUUCUACCUUCAUCAACUCUAAACUGCAUGCCGAAUCUCUUAAAUUAUCACAAACGAUAGAAGACAAAACUCACGAAAUCAUAACAAGAGAUACUUCUAAAUCACCAACUUGCUCCAAAGUUCAACAAACAUCCUUAGCUAAAAGAAAAUCUUUAAGAAAUCAAAAAGACUCAAACACCACUGAAAUAACGCCCGAAUCUACAAGUGAAACUGCACAAGAAAGCUCUUUAACACUCCAAACGCAACAGGAAACAUCAUCAAAAGAGAAGCAAGAACAUGAAGAAUCAAUUAAAAUUACAAAACGUAAAGGUAGAAAAUCGCGUUUUAAAAAUCUAUAUGGUCCUGAUAUUGAAUCGGAAACUGACAGUAAUAAUGGAAAAUGUACUCCUAUCGAAGAGAUAAUUCAGCAUAAAUUUAAGGAGCAGCCAAGUACUUCAGCAAAAGAAAACCUAGAAGAAGAGAAACAAGAGGUACCACAAGUCACAAAGGAAGCUGAUAAAGCUUCUGAAAUAGAAGUAAAUCCUUCAGAUAUCCAGUCUCAGCAAUCUGUUGCAAGUGGCAAUGAACAAUCGGCAAAUCUUUUAAGCUCUCAAAUACAAAAUGUUAGCAUUGAAACGAAUACUUUACUGGACAUUUUGCGUAGAGUACAAUCAAACACAGAAGCUGCUUUAAAAGCAUGCAAAGUUGAGUCAUCUAACCCAAAAACGGAGAUUGAUAAUAACAGCGAGACUUCAGCUAAAGUUCAAAUUGAGGAAAAUGUUAAAACAUCACAAGAUCUGUCAGAAACCUCUAAAGAAUCGAAUACAGUUCUAACAAAAGCGGAGGAAGAUUCCACAAACACACAAGAAACUAAACAUAGUUCACCCGCACGUUCUUGUACGGAGUCUCCAUUAACUCUUAAGAAAAUUAAUUUAUCACCAGCACGUUCGGAAUCGGCCUCUCCGUUGACACUUAAAAAGAUCACACAAUCACCCACACGUUCGGAUUCUUCAUCACCUUUGACCCUUAAGAAAGUAACGAGGCGUUAUGAAAGACGUAGUCGUCGUGGAGAAGAUUCAGAUCACAAAACUUUAGAGGAAACAUUUGCAGAAAUUGCAGCACAAAGUUCAAAAGCUGUAUUAGCCGCUAAAGAAUUUGAUAUAAAUGAGGAACAAAAUACAAGUGAGAAUUCACAACUCGAAUUAAAUACUUUAACAAAUACUGGUACUGAACAAAUUGAGGAAAUUUUCACAAAAAUCGAAAGUGAUCCUAAUACACAAACAGCAAGUGAUCCUCAAGUUCAAACAUUGAAUGUUGAAGAAAAUGUCGAUAAAAGAGCAGAGGAUUUGCAAAAUGUUUCACAGUUGCCGGAAGAAACAGGAAAAGUAACCGAGGUGACUGAACCAGCUGAAAUUGAGAAACCAACUGUUGAAAAUGUAGUUGAAGAAAGUACUAAAGUUACUCCUGCAAGAAGAGGCCGUAAGCCGAAAAAUCGUGCUUUGGAAGUCCCAUUGGCAAAAGAAGAUAUCGAUAUUGGAAGUCCAACAAAAGCAAAAGAAGUUAUUGAUGAAUCUCUCAAAGAAGCAGAAUGCCGAGCACAGAAACCAUCAGAUGAAAAAACACCAAAUGAGGAGGAGAAAGUUGAAAACAAAACAAUUAAAUCCAAAAAAACUAAAGCAAUUUCCAGCUUAACAACUCCUGAGUUAGCACAAACUGAAGAAACGCCUGAAAGCUUAAAAGAAGCUCAACCGCAACUUCCAGAAACUUGCGAUUUGUCCCAAAUAAACACAGACUGUUCGUUAAAACCUUGCGACGAAGCAAAUGAAUGUAAAGUUAGCAAAAAAUCCAAUAAAAAACGUGAUACUUCUAAGGGAGAAUCAAUAGCAGAAGAUUCCGCAAUUCUAGAUAACCUUCCUGCAAAAGACAAAGAAGAUGAAGUUCGAACUCCCAAACAAGCAGCGAAAAAACGUGAUACAUCUCAAACAAAAAGUGAAACCAAAACGGCUGGAAAGAAACUAACAAAGAAAACUAAAAAUGAGGAAGAGGAUGACACUUCAGUGAAAACUAAUCCUACUACUAUCACCACAACACCUCCACCCUCGAAAAGAGGACGAAAACCUAAAAACCAACAACAAGAAACACCACAAACCUCUACCGGCUCUAAGAAGAAGAACAAAAAGGAAUUGCAAGCGGAGCAAAAUGAAGAAUUAAAUGAAGACAAAAGAAAAACCAUAGAUUCUGAAAGUGAAUCACUUAACUCUUCUUUAGACAGAUCUCUAGAUGAUAAAUUGGCUAAAAAGAAACGUCAAAAGAAACUAAAAGAAGCUUUUGAAGCGGCUCUAACAGAUGAUACAGAAACCAAAAAUAAGGAAACUUUAAAAACAGAAGUCCCCAGCACUUCAAAUAUCAGCAACUUUGGUUUGACAUUGCUUAACAAUUCACCGCCGCCUGAAAGGAGAGUUUCAAAUGAUAUGCCAGCUGUAGCUAGUAAAAUUACUUGUGUCACCCCCGUGGAGGCGGAUGAAGAUCCAGAUCCUUUAAAAGAUAUUGAAAAGUUUAUAGCAGAUGGUGUUAAUCUUUUGAAAAAAGAUUACAAACUAGAUGAGGACAGUGUGGACGAUGUAAUACCGCCCAACACAACUACUACAGCCAUUGAUGUGGCAGAAGAACCGAUGAAAGAAGAAAACAAUGAAGAAAUAAAACCUGUAUUUAAUACUUUUGAAACUCCAGCUGAUACCCCCAUAAAUACACCCAGUGUUACACCACCACCCAAAAGUCCUACAUCCAUAGAAUCAUCAACACCCGAUGAAAUUUCUGGAGUCCGACGAUCACAUCGUAUUAAACUUAUAACCAAAACUCCCAAAGCAUUGGUAGGCAGAGGUUUGGUAAAGGAUAAAGAACGUUUCUCCAUUAAAGAUGAUGUGGAAACCAAAAGUCAUUACACACUAGACGAUCAUCUUACCGAUUUGGCAGAGGUGGAAGCGAAGAAUGCCAAAUUUCUUAAAGAAAUGGAAGAACGUCUUAGCAAUUUCCAAGUCAUAAAGGAAAAUGAGUAUUUGUGUGAACGUGUGAUAAGUAGAGAGGCUCGUAAAAUGAUUUGUGAUUGUUUCCUAACACACGAAGAAGAAGAACGUGGUGAAUUGGGCUGUGGCGAAGAUUGUCUCAAUCGUUUGCUUAUGAUUGAAUGCGGCGCUGAAUGUAAUGUUAAGGAACGUUGCACGAACAAACGUUUCCAGAAAUUACUCUGUUCUCCCUGUCGUGUAUUUCGUACCGAAAAGAAAGGCUUUGGCAUAAUGGCUGAUAUAGAAAUCUUGCCGGGAGAGUUUAUAAUGGAAUAUGUGGGUGAGGUUAUAGACACCGAUGAGUUUGAGAAACGUCGCAUUAUGUAUUCUCAAGAUAAAAACCGUCAUUACUACUUUAUGGCUUUAAGAAGUGAUGCCAUAAUAGAUGCCACCAUUAAGGGCAACAUAUCACGUUUUAUCAAUCACUCUUGUGAUCCCAAUGCAGAAACUCAAAAAUGGACGGUAAAUGGAGAAUUGAGAAUUGGUUUCUUUAGCCGUAAAUCUAUUAUGCCGGGGGAGGAAAUUACGUUUAAUUAUCAAUACCAAAGAUAUGGUAGAGAGGCCCAGCGUUGUUAUUGUGAGUCGGCAAAUUGUACUGGUUGGAUUGGUCAAGAACCCACUUCCGAUGAAGGCGAACAAUUAGAUGACGAUGAUGAGUAUGAAGAAUCUGAAGAAGAAGCUGAUACUUCGAAUCUUCUGGUACAAGAUGAUGAUGAAGAUAGUGAUGCUAGUGAGGCUGAUCCAGAGGAAGUGCAAAAACAAUUGGAAAUGGCAGCUGCCCAAGCAGAAGUUGAAUUGGCUCCCCUGCAAUUGCUAGAGGGAAAGGCUAAGCGCGAAGAGUCUGCACCAAAAGAAGAAGAAACUCACAAAUCCGAAAGUGAAGAAGAUUCUAAGAGCAAAUUCAAAAAACUACUCUCAAAAAUGGCCGAAAAGGUGGCAGCCAAACAAAAACAAAACAAACGUGAACAAAAGAUGCAGCGCAAAAAGAAAUCCAAGGAGUCGUCUACCGACUUAAGCAAUAAAUUAAGAUUUUUAGAAGAUCCCGACAUAGAAGAUGAGGUAGGAUUCUUAAAGGAGUGUGGCCUGAAAAAUCAAUCUGAUACUCUACGUCUAUCACGUUUAAUGGUGAGAGCUAAAUUAGUACAAACACGACUUAAUCUGCUGGAGAUAUUGCGUCAAGGUGACUUGCCCUGUAGACGUUUGUUUUUGGAUUAUCAUGGUUUACGUUUGCUGCAUGGUUGGAUGAGUGAAGAUGCUGGUAAUAUGCAAAUACGUCUUGCACUGCUACAAACUUUAGAAACUUUACCUAUUGCCAACAAAACGGUCCUAACAGAUAGUAAGGUUAUGCAAGUGGUGCGCAAUUGGUGCGGCCAAAAUAGCAACCUAUCGCCCAAUGAAGAUUCCUCUAGUAGCAAUAGUAAUUCACAAGAUGUUCCCGUGCAAGCAGCAGCAAACUUUGAAGAGGGUUCCGAUUUGGCUGAAUUGCAAAAAUUGGCAGUUAAACUUAUCACCACUUGGGAGGGACUGCCUGAAAUAUUCCGCAUACCCAAAAAGGAACGAAUAGAACAAAUGAAAGAGCAUGAACGUGAAGCCGAUCGACAAUAUGCUGCCAAUGCUGAGACGCAGGAAAAUACCAAUACCACAGCUAUCGAUCGUUAUCGUCGAGAUCGUUUUGGACGUGAUAACUCUACUACAGCUUCCAGCACUUCUGGACGUUUCGUUAAACCCAAUAAUGGCAAUCCCCAUAGAACUAACAAUACCACGCCGGAAAACAAUAAGAAUCUGUCUAAAGCUCAGAGACGUGAAAUGUUUGCCGCCAAAGUGGCCAGAGAUGAGGCUGAAAAACGUUUGGCUGAGGAAAGGCGUGAGUUUGAAACCAAAUGUCGUUUCUUUGGUUUAGAUCCAAAAAAGACGCGACAACAGGACAUACCAUUUUGUGUUAAUCCUGCUACAGGCCAAUGGUUUUCCAUCGAACGCAAACCCAUAAACACUCCGCCCAGUUAUGCGCAUGUGCAAGUGCCCGUUAAACCCAAAUCCACUGAUCCCAAUGAUUAUCAAUUGCCAGCCGUCUGCAGUACAUUACCACCCCAAUGGAAGUAUGCCAUUACACCGCAGGGUAAAAUCUAUUAUUAUCAUAUUAAAAAUCGUAUACCACAGUGGGAACCACCAACGCCAGCCCAGCUGCAGCAAUGUGAAAUGGAGGCUAGAGAUGAUGAUUCUGAAAGUGAACUUACCACCACAGCCGGUGAGGAUAGCAGUGAUGACGACGAUGAAGUACUAAUAGGCAUGGAUGCUGCUCAAUUAAAGGCCUACAUAGAUCGUAAAGUGGAGAUGCGACGCCAGAAACGUUAUCAACGUUUGGUCGUUGAAAGGUCUAUAAGUCCCCGACGUGAAGAAGAUCGCAUUUACAAUCAAAUGGAGGUGAGAAAAUACAAGGAAAAUAAGGAGAAGAUACGCAAACGAAAGGAGGAAAUACGACGUAAACGAGCUGAGGCUUUAAGGCAAACAUCCCUUAAUAUGUGUACACUAGGCAGUAUAAACGAAACAAAUCCAAAUACCCAAAAAACACAAAUUGAAAGUCCUGAAGAUCAAGGAGUUUUACCCAUACAAGACUAUUUACUAUCAUCCGAUGAAGAAGUUGAUCUUAAGGUAGAAGUCAAUAGUCCACUAAUGGAUAAAAUUGUAGAGGGCGACAAAAUUGUCGAUGAAUUAGAUGCUUUAACCACUAAGAGACAAUUGAAAAGACCACUGCCACCGCAUCGUGAUCUAAAUGAGCCCUCGACAUCUUCAUCGCCAGCCUCAACGUCGGGACUUAAUGUACUCAUAGCCCGGCAAGAAUACAAGAAACGUAAAUUGGAAAAGAAAGAAAAAAGAAAACCCAAAGAACAAGAUGCUAAAUAUCGUAAAAAUAAAGAAAAAUUCCGUUGUGAGAUAGCGGGUAUAAUCGUGCAUCAUUUAAAACCAUAUCGUAAGGAAACCUGCACAGUGGGACGUAUACAAUCUAAUGAAGAUUUCAAUCAUUUGGCACGCAAAUUAACCCAUUUCGUUAUGAUUAAGGAAUUAAAAUAUUGUGAAUCGGUGGGUCAAACUUUAGUUGUUACCGAAUCCGUUAAAAGUAAAUCACGUGAAUUUAUUAAGAAAUACAUGGCCAAGUAUACGGAUGUCUAUGUAAAACCAUCUAAUGAUCCCGAUUUUAAAGAUAUACCUUUUACUUUGUAAAUUUAUUUUUAUUUUAUUUAUCAUUUUUUUUAGAUUAAGAUAAUCUAUAUCGCAUAAUAGUAUAUAGUUGAAUAGCGUUUUAUGAAUAUAUAUUUAAAAAUUGUUGAAAAUUUUCUCAAAUAUUAAAAAAUAACAUAUAUUUUAAAAAAUUUUCAUUAGUAUGUAUGUAUGUACUUUUAUUAAUUAAUAAAUGAAGGCAAAUCUGUUUGCAGGAAAAAUAUAAGAAAU